GCUCGGGAUGUGAGGUGAUAUGGGGUGGUGGUUUGUUGAAUUCUCGCGAUAAGUGGGACGCAGGCUGAGCAGAGAAAACGAGACCGUGCUGUGCUUUUACACCGACUGUGAUGUGAGAGAGCCACAGAGAGCCUGCCUGAUGGACGUCAUGGAGAUCUUCUUCUUCUGUAUGAACCUGAACCUGACCGUCAGGUUUGAAGCCAAAAUGUGACCAUCCAGGAGGAUCGGAUUAGUGCUCGGAUCACACACACACCACCACCACACGCUCUGUACUAAUAAAUAUUAGAGUAUUCUUUGGAAGUCCAAAUCCCACAAUGCAGUCCUCUAACUGCUCCACCCUACCUUCGAAGUCACGGCGUUUUGACCUCACCAGACGGACCACUACAUUAGCCGGACCAAAGUCCCGUAGUCCUGGUUUCCAGAAGGAAGAAAAAAACAUGAGCACAGUCAAGAUGGCAUCACCACGCCGGCCCGUUAAAGCUCCUGCUGCCCCCACCAGGACCAGGGUGGGGCUGCAGCCACGACCACCACUCAACCAGUCUCGACUUAACUCCCAAAAACAGGUGUUCACAGCCUCCAAAUUAGUCAAACCCAAACCCAGGAAUACUCGUGUCACGGCAGCUGCCCAGAAUGCACCUGCAGCCGCUGUUCCUCCGCCACCGUCUGUCCUCCCUCUUGACCCAAAUUGCAACGAACCGAGUCUCCCAUGCCUGUGCUGUGACGGCCGCUCACCGCAGGACAACAACAGCAUGUUCAAUCACAACCACAACAACAACAACACCGUCUCAAUCAGACAGCAACUCCAGCUGCCCCCACCUCCUCCAUCGGUCCCGUCGCCACAGAAGAGGAAUGGGACGGAGAAGAAAGAGCAGGUUCAGCCUCCGUCAGUAGCGCAGGCCCAGGUGGAGUCAACAGUCAACGCUGCUGCUGGUCUGGAGAAGGAGGACAUGAGCGGAGAUGAAAACUCGGACGUUGACAGCAGGAAGGUAGUUAAAGCAGAGGAAGAAGAUGACGAUGAUGAGAGCAGCGGGGAACUCGAUACUGAUGACGAUGACGAGGAUGAUGAUACGCUUGUCCCUUCAUGCUGCGAUGGCCCCCCCUCCCUCCUGGAGUUCUCCCUCACUUCCUCUACCUCCUCAUCUUCCACUUCCAUCAGCUCCUGCUCAGAUCUGGACUCUGACUCUGGAGAUCAAUCUACCUCCCUCUUCUCUUCACAUGAGCAUGAUGAACUUUACGUUGCUCUGUCUCCCAGAGAAGAUCCCCCACCACCACCUCGUGAAAGCCAACCCCCCACACGUUCUCCUCCAUCGCUCCCUCACAGCAACAACCCCUUCUACCUGUCGUCUCCGUGCUCCCCAGAUGAAGGCUAUCCCUCGGCCUUAGACUCCCCAUCUCCUGACUACUUGGGGGUCAAAGAAGAUUCUGAGGUUACCAAACUAGGUCUGCUUGACUUUCUGGAGUCAGUGGGAGAAUUUGGGAAAAUGGAGCGCUUCAGUCAGGUGAUUCAAGUGGCGCGUUGGGAUCUGGAGGGCGAACAGCAUUGGGAUGUCCUAAGAGACCGGUUAGAUCAUCUCGAUCGCCUGGAGAACGUCAACCGGGAGGUGAAGCUGUUCUACAUCACCAGACUCCAUGAGAAGGGGCUUGACAUGGGAGAUCUGGAAGAGCACGACCUCUCGGACAUUAUGGAUGAAAUGGGAAAUAUCGACGUUUCUUGGAAAAUGUAUAAAAGCCCUAAAGAAUCCUUGGGAGGCUCACAGGAGUUUUCAGACGCCGGGGUCGACCUCACUGCUCCAUCAGACUGCGAUGACCCUCUCAUUCCGGAUUCCCUCACCCCUUCUCCUGCGGAGCCGCCACCUAGACCUCCCAAACCACCUGCGCGUCAUGCCAGUGUGAGCUCUUACCUCCACGAUUACAUCAAUAUCAGUAGGGAGACCACGUCCAUGGCGGUCUCCACCUCUCCUACACUGUCCACAUUCUCCCCAAACUCUUCAUCCCCAACAUUCACCACCUUCAGGUGUGAGAAAUCUCUACCCCCAUCCCCACCAUCGGUUCCCCCUCUUCCCGCCUCUAAACCAGUCCCUUAUCUCACCCUCUACACUACUCCCUCUCCACCUAUAACCCUCCCCACCCCAACUCCUCCAAUUCCUCCCCCUCGGAAGCGUCAUCUUGCCAGGAAGGAAGCUCAGAGGCUGGCUGCUCUUAAAGCUGCCGAGGAAAAGACCCCGCUGUCUCUCCCACCACCUACGACCAGGCCACCACCACUCCCCCCUCCGCCGGUGCUGUCCAUCUCAGCCCCCCCUGCUCUUCCUCCCCCUCCUGCCCUGCCUCCUCCACCCUCCUUCCAUGCCCUAGAUGUAGAGAUACGAAAGCUACUGAUGCUAGCAGGCCUGACCCAAGCGGAACUCCUGAAACUCAGUCCAGAACUUGGUGUCUGUGUUGGAGGUCUGGACAGUGAGGACGAUGGAGGGAACCACGCUCCACCGAGAUCCCGGGAUUUUAGACAAACAGACGAGGAGACAGAGAAAAGAUGUGAUUCAGAAUUCAUGGACAGAGACAAAUGUAGCAACGAUAUAGAUGAAGGAGUGGAUUUAACUGAAGACGAUAAGAAGAAAGAGGACCUCAAAGACACACAGAGAACCACCUCCUUCACAGAGAUGGCACGGAGGAGGAAGAAAAACAGCAUCGUGACCUCCGACCAGUCCUUCGAGACCUUCAACUACCCCUCCACGAUGACCGACUCACCCCCACCACCUCCUCCCCGCCCCUUACCGCCAAUCCCUCCAUCUGUACCACACCGGAAAUUCAGCACCCUCCCUGCCAACUCGGCACAACCUGAGCGGUUUGAUUGGCUCAUAGCAUUCACACCUGACAGUGACGCCCCGCCACAGCCUCCUUCUCCUCAAAUGGGAAAACCUCACACGGAACCUGAAAAGAAGGGGUCGUCUGGAGCAGCUCCGAACACCACGACCUUCAAAGAGCUGCGCUUCCGCAACAAGAGUGCCUCCCCUCCGACCAAGGUGAUCACUGAACCAGUGCCUGACCCUACGGUCAUCACGCCAGAUCCUGAUAUACUGUACAACCUGAAAUGGAGAAGGGAGAAGGCAGGGAGCGAUGGCAAUCAGUGGGAGUACACCUCUCAGGCUCAGGCCUUCUUCAUGCAGCCGCCGCCAGCUCUCACCUCAAUGGCCGCUCUGAAGGAGAUGCUUAAGAGAGCUGACGAAAAGGCCGGACGACCCGAGCUGUGUCCAUCACAGAAGACGGACGGCUCGGUGAGUCACACCAGUCUGUGGUCCGUCAGCAGAGAGACGGAGGUCGAGGAAGGUGAGAGGAAGGAAAAUGAAGGAAAGGAGGAAGAAAAAGUAGAGGUGAUGGAGAGAGGACGGGCAGAUGGUGGAAGAAGCAUCCAGUCCAGAACCUCAGUCUCCUCACCCCCACUCUCCCUUGCUCGCUCCUCCCAACCCUAUUUCCUCCACACCGCUCUCCCUCCCUACCGCCCAGGUUACGAUAACUCCAAGACCUUUACAGACCCGAGGCCCAGCAGCCACGUAGGCAGAGAGUCCGCAGACACACACAGCUCAGCUCCGGUCCACACAGAUUUCGCUAGCACUCAAAAGAGGAGUGGGUGUAACAGCGCCCCCUUGGCUGAUGUCACUGUAGGCUCACCUGAUGAUGAGAAUGUCUUCAAGAAAAGCAGACAUUUCCCACUCAGGCCCAUCAGUUCCACCCCAACCAAUGACAGGGAGUUUAUCUCUGACUCACUUUACUGCAGUGACUCAGAGUCAAAGAGUGACACACACACCGGGUCAGAACCGGCAGGUAGUGGCACCUCUGAGCCACCGGGGUGCUCCACUCCGUACAAGAACAUUGACGUCAUGAUGACGCACUCGAGCGCCGCCGGUGUCAUGGCGCCGUGGCGUUCACAAAAGCGUGCGCGCACACACACCGGCGGCGGAGGCGGCAGUGAGGCCAGGACGUUGAAAGAACUCCCCCCUCUGCCCAGCUUGUACCUGUACCACCCCAAGAACUGCCCCCUGCACAGGGGCGCUCCUCCCCGUCUCUCCCCUAUCGGAGCCCUGUCCCCUCCCCGGCGCCCGGGAGCGCCACCUCUGGCUGCUGCGGGCUCCUCGGGCCUCAGCUCCCCGUUCUUCCCCCGCUCACACACCCUGCCUGCCCUGGCUGCUCCCCUCUACUAUCCAAACCUCUAUCCUCCUAUCCCACCCAGGGCGCCCCCUCUGCCCCCCAAACUCUACCAGGCGCCUUCGCAGUCACACGUGGCGAACGUUCACAGCACCUCGUUUGUGCGGCGUGCACAGACUUCCUGGAUGGGCGAAAAUGUGACCUUUCCAAUGACGGGUCUGGGACUGUCCUCUCUGUUCCUGCAGAAAAAAGCUCUGGUCGGUGCCGUCAGUGUGGCAGUGGACGCCGUCCUGGCCCAGUUCAGUUCUUCUAGGACUGCAGUUCAAAAGUCUCUCUCACUUAACAAGGCCUUAUCAGGAGACAGCACUGUAAAUCCAUCCCUGGGCCGUCUGGUGCUGCAGUGCCUGUGCCCCGCCCUGCACAGUCUGCUGACCGACGGCUUGAAGCCUCAUCAGAGUGACCUGAUUUCAGGAAGGAGGCCAAACUCUGCCUGGGGCCUGGUGCAGGCCUCCACCAGGCCAGGUCCUAAAACCCAGGCGCUGUUCAACCUCCAAGUUCGGGUGGUGGAGCUGCCACAGCUCCGUCAGAGCAAACACCGCUUCAACGCAUUCCUCUUCGGUCUCCUGAACUCCAAGCUCCUUGAUUUCUGGUUGUCUCACCUACAGUCUUGCAGUGAUGUGUUGGAGAUCUUCUACCACCCCACCUCCUUCAUGCAUCUUUCUCUAAGCAGCUGUCAGCCUCUGUUUGAGGAGCUGCUCCUGGUGCUGCAGCCUCUCAGCCUGCUCACCUUCAACCUGGACCUCCUCUUCCAGCACCACCGCCUGGAGGCCGACUCACACGGCCCACAGAUCCCCACUCCGCCCUCUCAGGUCGCGGGACUCCAGCGGCUGUCGGCGAAGGGGUCACAGUUCAAAACCACGGGGGGCAAACACGUGGAAGUCCUGUCCGAAUUUGACUUUGGAAAUCCAGGGCAUUGGGAAGCGAGAGAGUCGCCGUCACCGCAGGCCGAUGACGAGGAAGAGACGGACGACGCUGCAAAUGGAAACGCUCCGGUCGCUCUCAGUCAAACCAGCCCUCAGCUGCUGUGGGUGCAGAACAAGGACAUCGGGCCGUUACCUCUGCCUGACGUUGAGAGCGACAGCCUGGCUCAGCAGGCCGGACAGGUGAUCCAGCAGGGAUGGGAGGCCGUGAUGCGUCUGGGAGACCGACUGAGCCAGAACAUGGCCGCUGUGAAAAGGCUGGAGGCGAACGCUGACUUGUCAGCGCUCCAGACUCAGACAGGAAGUGAGUACACCUCAGUCGGCAGCGUCGGACAUGUACCCUGGGGUCUGGGACGCCUCUUCGGAGCUUCUAAAAACCUCAACAGCCCAGCAGGUCACGUGACACCAACCAGACGUCCCUCCCAGUGGUUGGCUCCCGGCGUCACGGCCAUCACCAGAAUGAUCAGCAGCAGCUCCGCCCCCAUGGUGACCAGAGCUGCAGAACAACAGCAGGAACCUGAGGAGAGGUCCGACAAACAGGCCGAGUCACUGCUGAUGAAGGACAGACCCCGCCCACUCAGGUCGGUGCGGACACUGUGUGACUACACUGGAACAGGUUCAGAGCUCACUUUCUGUCGAGGAGAAGAACUCCUGGUGCUGGGAGGAGUGGACCAGGACUGGAUUCGCUGUCGUCAGGGAGACACGGAGGGACUGGUGCCGAUUGGCUACACGUCCCUCAUCAUGUGACUGUGGCACCAUGAUGCACUCAAUCGUAAAGAAGAAACAAAUACAAAGUGUAUAUUUUAAGCAAUUACUGACAUGUACCGGUGAGACUCCCCCCGCUCCUCUCCUCUCCUCUGAAAGGGAGAUUUCACACUUGCCUGCUUAGAGUUUGUUUGAGUGUGAACCACCAUCUGUCCUGCUCCGCCUUCAUCAGCAGCGGUCUGCCA